GAGCAGGCUGAAGCAGGCCAGGGCCCUUCAAGUUUGGAACAGGGAAGGCAGCGUUCAGUCAGUUGGUCUGGACUCUUUGUCAAGAGAAUUGUCCUUAAACAGCUCUGAGACCAAAGACAAUAGAAGAUCUUCAUUAUGACCUGUGAAAAUCUGCUGCUGCUUCUCCUGGUGUCCCAUUUUCCCUGCGGCACAAUGAUGACUAAAUGCCCAUUGAGUGUGCAGAAAGAGGAAGAACACAUAUUUAAUUACUACAAGCCAGGAGACUUCCUGAUUGGUGCAAUCAUAUCUACAACUAGCACUAUAUUUCAACCAUACGUUUUCUUUAAACCUCCAAACAAUAGAUUUCAAAGUAUAUCCAGUAUGAGCUUCUGGCACGUCCUGCCCUUCUUCUUUGCCAUUCAUGAGAUCAACCAGAAUCCAAAGCUGUUACCAAACAUCACCCUGGGCUACAGCAUUUAUGAGAACUUUUUCAAUGCAAGAAUAACUUGCGAUGUCAUGAUGGACUUGCUUUCUGCAGGGCAGAUCAACUAUGCGGUCAUCAGCCACAUUCCAGAGCAGAAACACCAUUUCCCUUUUUUCUACCGAGUGAGUCCAAAACAAGAACCUCCUCACUUGGCAAUUGUCAAGUUGCUCCUGCAUUUCCGAUGGACGUGGAUCGGCCUCAUUGCUCCAGACAAUGAAAGCGGAGAAAAGUUCAGAAGAACCUUUGUGCCAGAAGCCGUAAGGAAAGGUGUCUGUGUUGCCUUCUCAGAAAUCUUACCCAUGGUUCUUAGAGCAGGGAGGGAAAAGAACAUCCUUGAAUAUUUUAGUGACACUAAAGUGAAAAGUAUUGUUUGUCAGUUGGACUUUCAGGCCACAAUAAUACUAGCAGUAGUAAUAAGAGAAAUUGACAAUAGUGAAAUCCUGUUUGGGGGGAAAGUAUGGAUUGCCACAGCUUUGUCAGGUAUAAGUGUGAGAUUUUUUUAUCGAUUGCUGAAUCUCCAGCAUAACCAUCUUUUACUAUCCUUCUCAAGUCAGACAAAAAAUAGGACCCAGUAUUAUGAUUUUAAUUCACAUUACUCUGCUACUAUGCAGUUUGGGGAGGCAGCAUUUCAGUGUUCUUAUUCAAGUCCUUUGUUGUCUAAGAAAGUUUGGAAGAGAUGCCUUGAAAAAGAGUCCUGGGAAAUCCCACCCCAGGAUCUGGUUGAAAGAAUCCUGUCUGAGGAUGGCUCCAGUAUUUCCACCACUACCCAGGUUGUGGCCAGGAUCCUCAGUGCUGCCUUUUCCUCCCAAAUGAGUAAGAGGACGCUGCCUGUUAGGGAUGUUAAGACAUUCCAGAUUGUACAGCCGUGGCAGAAGACCCCCUUUUCUAGAUGUACUAAAAAUUGCCUCCCAGGAUAUACCAAGCUCACAAGAGAAGGAGAACCAGUGUGCUGCUAUGACUGCUCUCCAUGUAUGGAAGGAACAAUCUCCACACAGGAAGAUGUGUCCCAAUGUGAAAAGUGUCCAGAUGAACAACAUUCCAACCAGAAGCAAGAUCAGUGUGUCCCCAAAAUUGAGACUUUCCUGUCCUACAAAAAAAUGUUAGGUCUCAUUCUGGCUAUCAUUGCCUUUUUUUUGUCUCUAAACACUGCCUUAGUUCUAGGAAUCUUCAUUAAAUAUCGAGAAACCCCCAUAGCCAAAGCUAACAAUCGGGAUCUCACCUACAUUCUCCUGGUCUCUCUCUUGCUUUCCUUCUUGACCUCUCUUCUAUUCAUUGGUCGGCCCAAGAAAGUGACCUGCCUUUUUCAACAAAUCACCUUCAGCGUGGUUUUCUCAGUUGCUGUCUCUUCCUUGCUGGCCAAGACUAUCAUGGUGGUGGUGGCAUUUUUGGCCACAAAGCCAGGCAGCAGGAUGAGGAAAUGGUUGGGGAAAAGUCUGGCCAACUCCAUUGUCUUGUCCUGCUCUGGAGUUCAGGUGGGCCUCUGCCUUAUAUGGCUGAGAAUCUCUCCCCCAUUUCCACAUUCUGACCUGCAUUCUGAACCAAGACAGAUACUCCUGCAAUGUAAUGAAGGCUCAAUCACCAUGUUCUACACUGUCCUUGGUUACAUGGGCUUUCUGGCCACCAUCUGCUUUUUGGUGGCUUUUCUGGCCCGCAAGCUUCCAGGGACUUUCAAUGAAGCCAAGUGGAUCACCUUCAGCAUGCUGGUUUUCUGCAGUGUUUGGAUCUCCUUCAUCCCCACCUACCUGAGCACUAAAGGGAAAUACAUGGUGGCUGUGCAAAUCUUCUCUAUCCUGGCUUCCAGCCUGGGUUUACUGGGCUGUAUUUUUGUCCCCAAAUGUUACAUCAUUAUUUUGAGACCUGAUAUAAACACUAAGGAGAAUCUAAUGAUGAAAAAUAAUGUGGGUUCUUGAUUUUGAAAGUUAUUUGUUACCCAAGUUAUUGUUAAGAUAAAUAGGAUAGUUGGAAAUAAAAUCUUUAUGUGUUCUAAGAACUCUCUCUUUCUCUCACAUAAAGUCUCAAUUAUUAUUGAUAUAAUAAGCUAUAUUAGAGAUGUGUAAGAGGUCAGAUAAUCUUUACAGACCCUGCUCAAGCAACACUUCUGUGCUAUGUCCUGG